AUGGCCAUGGGAAACAUUGGAACCUGGCAAAAGAAAUCCGGUGAUGCCAUUUCCGCCGGUGCUGCUUACGCCGACGCCCCCGUCACUAACAUGCGCAAGAUCAUUGCUCGGCGUUUGACCAAGUCGAAGCAGACCGUCCCUCGCUACUAUGUCACCGUCGAGAUGGAAAUGGAAAAGAUCAUGAAGCUCCGCGAGGUCCUCAGCAAGUCCUCUGAGGAAACGUACAAGUUGUCGGUCAAUGACUUCAUCGUCAAGGCUUCUGCUUUUGCCCUCAAGGUCAUCCCCCGAGGUCAACAGCUCGUGGAUGAACGACUCUAUCAGUUAGUACCACACUUCGGUCAUCUGCGUUGCUACCUCGGCCCCCACUGGAUUGAUCACCCCCAUUGUCGCCAACGCCGAGACAUCAUCCCCAACCAGGUUAAGGACUUGGCUUCCCGUGCCUCCGCCAUCAAGCUCUCCCCCACGAGUGCAAGGGCGUCCUGCAUCUUGGCCGUCGGAGCCACCGAGAAGCGCGUUGUCCCCGGUGCUGAGGGUGGCGAGCACCGCACUGCCUCGAUCAUGGCCGUUACACUAAACCCUGGCCACCGCACCGUCGACGGUGCCGUUUCUGCCCAGUUCUUGAAGGCCUUCAAGGGUUACAUGGAAACCCCCUUGAAGAUUUUAUUGUAA